GAGCAAAGCAGAUAUGAGAAGCUUCUCGACACGACUGUCGUCCUGCUGUCGCCCUUGCGUGUUUUUCUCGUCGACCGUGCAUGUAUCGGAUUUUUGAUGGGGACUCAGCUGAAAUCUCUCCUCAAGCCGUCGCUAAGCAUGGCUUCUCCACCAUCGUCUCCUGUGCACCUACAAAUUCGGAAGUUGCCAGUAACGAAUGAAGAAGGAACAAGCGGGCAGGUCUUGGUUAAAAAGCCUAGCAAGAAGAUCGCUGCGCUGGUCGGAGAAGACGAAAUGAGUGGUCCUCCUCCAGUUCAGUCAAAUCCGAAGAAUCGCUUUCGAAAUGGACACGCUUCCUUCCGGCUCAGAAUGCUACAAGAACAACACGGGACAGGAUUCGAACCA